UUUUGCAGUAUAAUAAAUACUCGUCUUAUUUUCUAUAUUUCCAUCUUCAUAUCCUCAAGAUUUCCAUUUGUAGUGAAGUAUCAAGUAGAUGGAGAUGAAUUUAAAGCCUCAAAAGGCUGACACCACCAUAUUUGAAGGAGAAGGUGGCGGUUACUACGCGUGGACAGCGGCCAAAACUCCGGUGGUUGUGGAGGCAGCGAUAGGCGCCGGUAGACUUGUUUUGCAGCCACAAGGCUUUGCUUUGCCUCACUAUGCCGACGCUAACAAAAUCGGCUAUGUCAUCCAAGGGAGUUGCACCGUAGGCCUGAUAUUGCCAGAGAAGCCCGAAGAAAAAGUGUUAAUCAUCGAGAAAGGAGACGCCAUUCUAUGUCCAAUCGGGAGCGUUACGUGGUGGUUCAACGGCGGCGAUUCAGACGUCAACAUAAUAUUCCUAGGUGAAACCAGCCAAUCAUACACCCCCGGCCUGUUCGACUACUUCUUCUUGACAGGCGCCUUGGGAGUUCUCCGUGGCUUCUCCACUGAGUUCAUCGCCAAAGCGUAUCAUCUCAACCACGAACAAUCCAAGCACUUGGUCGAAUCCCAAGCUAAUGCAUUGGUCGUCAAGAUUGACGCGGGCGUUGUUAAUGGAUUUCCCCACAAAUGUAAUUGCACGAAAGAAGAAUAUGUCGUUAAUCUUGAUACUGAUACUGAGUCAGAAACUGAUCAUACUGAAAGGGUUGGGCUUACUCCAAAAUUGGUGAGGCUCGAAGUUGAGGCGGUGCUGGACCCUUAUUACAGCACCACACAUCAGAUCAUGUAUGUUACGAAAGGCGGGGGCCGGAUUCAAAUCGUGGGAUUGAAUGGUACGAGAGUGUUGGAUGAGGUUGUGGAGGAGGGCCAUCUCAUUGUUGUGCCCAAAUUCUUUCUUGUUGCUCUCAUGGCUAGUGACAAAGGCUUGGAAUGUUUAUGUGUUUCCACAUCUCCCAGGCCUUUAACGAUGAAGAUAGGUGGCAACACAUCAGCAUAUAAAGCUUUGUCUUCAUCAGUUUUGGAGGUUGCAUUGAACGUGUCUCCUGAGUUCAUCAAGAAUAUCAAGUCUUAAAAUGAAAAUGAUUUCAUCACUUUGGGUAAGAAUAAAAUCGUUUGGUGUGGAUUUUAUAAUUUUGGGUUUAGUAUGAGCAGGUUUCAUUCGGUUUCUAAAUCGAAAUGCUUUUUCAUAUUACUAGUGGUUGGCUUGCUUAGUAUGUUUAUUUGUUGCAUAUGAUAAUGUUAUGGAAAUAAAAAAAAUACCAUUUCUUUGUUGGUU